ACAUAUUAGUGAUAACAAUGCAAAAUACCAUAUUUUGAUAAAAAUUUCCAAAUAAUCUAACAUGAUAACAAACAGGGUAAACAAUGUGAUAACAAUUAAAUAAUAAAUUUGUGCAAAUUUUACUAUGCUGAUUUCAUUUUGUAAGAAUGAUUCAUUAACGAAACAACAAAAAUAUAUAAAUAAAAAAUAGUAUUCGCCUAUAAGAAAAUUCCAUGGAUUCUUUACUAUAUUGGAGAAUUCAACAAACAAACAGAUUCCUGUGAGUUUUCCAGUGUUUAUUUGAAAAGAACAGUCGAAAUUUUCUUCGCAACUUACCCAAAAUAAUUGGUUAAUAUCACAAAAGCAUUGGGACAUAAUCCAGGUUAAAUUACGUCUCUAACAAACCAUGUUUAGGUAAAAUCAAGUUUUAAGUAAUUCAACUUGAUGCUAUAGUUAGAAAUGAAAUGGCAUUCAAUCUAUAUUUAGAUUGCGAUCCAAAUGCUUUACGAUAUAAUUUGAAGCAGUUAGGAUAUAAUCCAGGCCCAAUUACACACACAACAUAUCGUGUUUAUUUGAAAAAAUUAGAGGAAUUGCAAAAAACUUCUUCCAAGAAUAUCCAAAAUCAAGUUCUAAGUAAUUCAUUACCAUUUAGAAAUGAGAGUACAUUUAAUUUGUAUUUAGAUUGCGAUCCAAAUACUUUACGGUAUAGUUUAAAACAAUUAGGAUAUAAUCCAGGUCCAAUUACACACACAACAUAUCGUGUUUAUUUGAAGAAAUUAGAAGAAUUACGGAAAAUGCCUCCAAGAUCUACUCAAAAGCAAUCAGAGAGUAAUUCAUUAUUAUUAAAAACGAAUAAGGAAACAUUCAAUUUGAAUACAUACAAUAAUCCAGAUACUUCGCAAUCCAAUUUCAAACAACUGGAUUUAAAAGAUGAAUUGCAGAAAAAACUUUCAAGAGCUACUGAAUGUCGCGCUCAAAAUAAUUCACUAUUAUCGAUUACAAAUCUAACGACAGUCGAUUUUAAUACAGACUAUGAUCCAGAUACUUUACGAUAUAAUUUGAAACAAUUAGGAUAUAUUCCUGGUCCAAUUACACCAACAACAUACCGUGUUUACUUGAAGAAAUUAGAGGAAUUACGAAAAUUAUCUACGAAUCAUACUCAAAAUCAACAUCAAAAGAAUUCAUUAUUAUUGGAUAUAGAUAGAGGAACGUUGAAUAAAUUAGAUGAAAUACCAAAGAUUCCUUCAAAGGUUAACAAAAAUCAACCUCAACAUAAUUCAUUAAAAUUAGAUAAAAAACGAGAAGUGGUGACUUCGAAUUCACAUUGUGAUUCAAAUACUUUACAAGACAAUUUGGAACAAUUAGUAUUAAGAGAGAAAUUACAGAAUGUUACAUCAAAAACUACUCAAAAUCAACUUCAAAGUGAUCGAAAAGCAUAUUCGGCUGAACUACAAAAAUCAAUACAAGAACCUGAAUGGAUGAAAAAUUGUGAUUAUAUACAAUUAGAAAAAAAAUUAAUUGACGAAUACAUAAAUAUCCCCGCGAGAGAAUUACGUGGAGGUAGUACCAAAUCUUUCUACACUUAUUUAUUACUAGAUCCACGAAUUACAUUAAAUUUACCCUUUCGAGCAUCAACCAUGGACCAAACAGAUCGAUGGAAAACAUUUAUCACUUCAAUAUUUUAUGUUGGCAAAGGAAAAGGUGAUCGAAUGUAUGCACAUUUAUUCGAGGCUUCGAAGGCAUGGAAUACUCAAGAAAGUAAUAAAAAAUUAUCGGGUAAAAUUCAGCAAAUCAAAGAUAUUUGGAAGGCUCAGAAAGGCGUCAUAUGUUUACGUAUAUUUGAAAAUAUUUUAUCCGAAGAAGCAUACACCCGUGAAGCCGUGAUGAUACAAGCGAUUGGUGUUAAUAAUUUACAAAAUUUACAGGCUGGAGAAUAUCAUGGGAGUGUAAAGAAAUGGGAUAUUAAAGAUAAAUGUUUAUUAGGAGUUUAUUUAUUAUAUAAAGCAAUGCAAAAAUUUUUAAAUGAAGGGGAGCAUCAAUUGCGACACGCCGAUGUAAAGAUUAAGAAAUUACUAGCAGAAAAUUUGUUUAAAUAAAAAAUCGAACAGUUAAUUGAAUCUAGAUCAAUAAAUAUUCAUUUUUUUUAUGAACAGAAUAAAUAAUGAAUGUUUACUUUGAUUUGAAAUACAGCUACUCAAGUAACCAAUCUAAAGUGUACCUUUUAGACAGAAUGCAGAUUCGGGAAAAGUGCAAUAUUCUAUCAAAAAUAUGAUUUUUCAAUUAUUUAUCAAUUAUCAAAUUUCUUGUCCUGAUUGUGGAAAGUGUACCUUAGACAGAAUGUAGAUUCGGGAAAAGUGCAAUAUUUUAUUUGUGGAAUUUCAUAAUAAUCUUGAUAUAUGAAUGAAGAAUGGAUGUUAUUCUAUUAAACUGCGGAAAUAAGACCGUCAACUAGGAUAAAGAUCCUAUACCAGAUCGAAUUUUUUUUUUGUAAUUUUUGUAUCAACAUUCUUUUUUUUAUUGUAAAUUUUUAGCUUAAGGUAGUAG